AUGGCUGACCGACGCUCAUCUCGAAGCUCUCUUCCAACGUUGUUUCUGCUAGCAUCCCUGCUGAAUUCAGUAUGGGCUUCGAGCGCAUCAGCAUGCUCUCGACUUGCAGCAACCAGUUCAAACCGUGUCGUGACCGCCGAGUCCUCAGAAAAGUAUCAGAAACUUCGCAUGCAUCAUAUGUCACCGACUGCAUACGGGUCACCGCUCUGCAUUUAUUCUCCGGAAUCUGUCCUUGCGUUGACCGACGCAUUCACCAUUCUGCGAUCCGAGAAUGCAACUUUCGCGGUUAGGGGUGGGGGGCAUUCGCCUUUGCGCGGUUGGGCCGAUAUCGAUGGGGGAGUGACUAUCGUGACCAGCGACAUCAAAGAGAUCUUAUAUGAUGAAAGAACGGGAAACAUAGCUGCUGGGAUGGGUAACUCGUGGGAGGAGGUCUACUCGUAUGCGGAAACGUACGGUCGACUUCCGGUUGGAGCCAGGCAUUCAACAGUGGGUCUGGCCACGGUUCUUGGAGGUGGACUGUCCCACAUGUCGAGCAAGUAUGGCUUCCCUGCAGACAACGUGGUUUCCAUCGAGAUAAUCACAGCCAUGGGUACCUUGGUCACUGCGAGCAAAGACGCCAACCCGGACCUUUUUUGGGCCCUAAAAGCAGGGUCCACGAACUACGGCAUCGUGACGCGCGUGACUCUUGCUACAUACCCCGUGGGGAAAGUCUGGGGCGGAACCUUGGUGUAUACGAACGAUCACCGCGACUCCGUCAUGGGCGCCAUUGCAAAGUACCAGAAGUCUGGUCAGUUGGAUACAAAUUCUGCCAUUCUCCCGUACUUGGGUAUUUCCAAUAACACCAUUUACGUCAACGUGGCAUAUCUUGACGGUGUAGAGCGGCCCGAUGCGCUCAAGCCUUUCCUCGAUAUUCCCACAGUUGCCGAUCUCACGGCAUUGCACGACAACUUCACCGAUUUGAUAAAAGGCGGGACUCCACUUGGAGUGCCACGAUGGACACAGGGUGUUACGACUAUUCUUUUUGACGAGCAGACUUAUCUCGACGUGGGAAGACUGUGCCAGGUCUUCUCCGACCAGAUAGCCCCUUCGAUACAGGGCUGGACCAUGAUCCUGAUGCCUCAACCCAUCGCGAAGUCCAUGGUAACGGAAUCGUGGAAGCGUGGAGCCAAUCCUAUGGCGCAGAACUUGCGCGAAGCAGCUCAGAUGUGGUUCAGCAUCAACAUCGGAUGGAUACGUGCUGAAGACGAUGCCAAAGUGGAGAGAGGAUUGGCAGAGGUGCUUGGAAAGAUUGACACUCUGACCAAGAAGAAAGGACUCCACCACCCGUUCAUCUUUGCCAAUGAUGCUUCGAGUGCGCAAAGACCUCUACAAAGCUAUGGCAGGGAGGUCGUCGAUAAAAUGAGAAAGGUGCGGUCUCAGGUCGACCCGAAGGGUUUCUUUCAGAAGAAUUGGCCUGGGGGAUAUAAAUUGCGGAACUAG